AAACAGUGGCAGCUGCUCUGUUUGGUUUUUACUGAUCCGGAGGCAGGAGUUUGUCUCCUUUUCUGAGAUUAUCCAGCUCAGGAUGCACCGAAGUGUUCAUGAAGAUUAAUCUGAGCUUCUGAAAUUGGGGUGCCGCACUGAGUCCAACGCUCACCUGUUACAUAGACUGAUGAGGUGAGAGAUGGGAUCGUCAGGUACUGCUGUGACUCUGUGUCCCCUCAGGUUUAUCGUCAUCCUGGCCAUCUUGGUGCAGCAGCUAAAUGCAGGGGGGGAUGAUGGCCCAUGCCAAGGGAGGGACUGCUCCGUAUGUCAGUGUCUUCCUGCCAAAGGUGCACGGGGCGCUCCAGGGAAGCCGGGCCAGCAAGGCUCCCGUGGACCAAUGGGACCAAGGGGACAGGAAGGGCGACCCGGAGAGAAAGGCAGGAGGGGCACAGAGGGACCACACGGCCCAGAGGGGCCCAAAGGAAGCCGUGGCAAGACUGGUGCUCCUGGUUUCCCUGGCCAUGACGGUUUGGCAGGCCACCCUGGAGCAGGAGGUGAGCCCGGUCUGCCAGGAGUAGAUGGCUGCAAUGGGACAAGAGGUCGACAAGGUGCCCCUGGUAUUCCAGGCUGGGAUGGUCUCCAUGGGCCGCGGGGAUUAACUGGACCUAAAGGAAUUAAAGGGGAACCUUUGCAUGAUGGUUCACUUGCGGGACAUCCUGGGGAGCGCGGCAGAGAGGGAGAGCGCGGUCGACCUGGUAAAAAGGGAGGCAUUGGGACUCGAGGCUUCCCUGGUCUUCGUGGAUCUCCCGGAUUUGAGGGCCCGGCCGGACCUGACGGUGCAAGAGGACCACCUGGCGACCCUGGAGGAUCACUGGCAGGCGACAUAGGCGACGAUGGUGAGCAAGGACAACCUGGCCCACAAGGACCAGAAGAAGUCAUAGAAUUCCCUCCAGAAUUUCUUCCACCCAAAGGUCUCAAGGGGGACCAAGGCCCUCCUGGACCAUGUGGACCAAAGGGCAUACAUGGUGGUAGAGGAGACUACAGUCAAGUUAUUAAAGGAGAGCAAGGAAUCCUUGGUUUUCCUGGAAAUCGAGGUCUCUCAGGAUUUCCUGGUAGAGAUGGAACGCCAGGACCAGAGGGUCUCCGCGGAGAGAAAGGACUUCCAGGUCUCAUUGGAAGAACUGGACCAAGGGGUUACCAAGGAGAUCCAGGUCCCCCCGGUCCUGUGGAAUUUCUUAAUGGAGGUGAUGUCAGAGGUGCAAAAGGUGACCGUGGAUUUCCCGGAACGCCUGGAGACCCAGGUGACCCUGGGCUCAUGGGCAUGCAUGGACCGCCUGGUGCACCAGGAUUAAUAACAUCAGAGGAGCCAGGUCAGCCUGGUCCACCAGGGCCACCUGGUACCAAGGGCUACAAGGGAGAGCCAGGAGGGUAUGGUAACUAUGAAAUCAAUCCGUUUGUGGGACCAAAAGGACCCAAAGGACACAUUGGACCUAAAGGUAUCCAAGGACCCCCGGGUCGUCCAGGAUGUGGAGAUUACUACUGUGAGCCUGGAUACCCAGGAGACCCUGGUGAUCCAGGGCCCAGAGGAUCUGAUGGAAACAAAGGGCUCAAAGGAAUCAAAGGUUGCCCAGGGGAAUGUGAAUGUGGGUCUGGUGGGGGAAGGGCAGGGCCCCCUGGUCCACCUGGAUUUACAGGACCCCCAGGGUUUCCUGGAGCUCCAGGACUAAAGGGAGACCCAGGACAGCAAGGAGAUGAAGGUCCAAGUGGACCACAAGGCUUUCAAGGAAUGCCUGGUUUUAAAGGACGGAAGGGUCAAAAAGGUGACUCUUUCAUAGCAGGUGUUGAAGGUGCCAAGGGUGACCAAGGAGUCCCUGGACACUCUGGUCCUCCUGGAGUAACAGGUAGUCCAGGACUGGAUGGCCUCCCUGGCCCUGAAGGAGACCCAGGACCACCGGGUGCUGGAUAUGUAGGAAUACGCGGUCCCAAAGGUAAUCCUGGUGCUGCCGGACUCAAAGGGUUUCCAGGGCUUCUAGGCCCUCCGGGUCCUGCUUUUCCAGGCUCAAAAGGGCCAGCUGGACCUAAAGGAAAUCCGGGGUUUCCUGGCCGACCAGGGGUUCCCGGACGACCAGGCCCUCCAGGUGAAAUCGAGAUAUGCUGUCAUGAACAAGAAACUGGAUUACCUGGUCCUAAGGGUGAGCCAGGCGCACCAGGGAUUCCAGGUGAUCCAGGGCUAGACGGUGUCCCAGGACCUGAUGGACACCCAGGUCCUAAAGGCCUGAAAGGAGAUGACAGUGAUGUUGGAGGGGUUGGACCUCCAGGACCUCGAGGUUUAAAUGGGGAUCCAGGUAACCCUGGUCCCAGUGGACUUAGUGAGGAUGGCCCUCCAGGCCCUCCUGGUUCACCAGGAUACCCAGGCAGAAAGGGUGCCCCCGGAGAUGUCUUCUCUGCCACGCAAGGUCCUCCUGGCCCACCUGGCCUCCCUGGGGCUCUGGGGCCCAAAGGACCUCGUGGCAUUCGUGGGAGCCCCGGUUCUCCAGGUCAACCAGGACAACCAGGUUAUAAAGGACGGCCAGGAGUCAUUGGUGACCCUGGAGACAUUGGUCCCCCAGGCCAACCGUGCACUAUAUGUGACCUGUAUGGACCUCCAGGACCUCCUGGACCUCCAGGAAACCCUGGACUGAGGGGAAUACCAGGCUAUUACGGUCCAAAGGGUUUAAAGGGAGACAUAGGUCUGCCUGGUCGUGGACCAAGGGGUCCACAAGGUUUCCCUGGCCCUCCCGGUUUGCCAGGUCCAGCUGGAGCAAGAGGCACCGCAGGCUCACCAGGAGAUCCUGGUAUAGGCGGCUGGCCGGGACAAAAAGGUGAAAGGGGGUACUCUGGCAGAACUGGGGCCUCAGGUUUACCAGGUCCUCCUGGACCUCCGGGACCAAGAGGUAAACAGGGAGAGAGAGGCUUAGAUGGCCACCCAGGUGUCCCAGGAUACCCAGGACCGCCUGGUAGUAAAGGUGUACAUGGUCUACCUGGAUUACCAGGGCCAGCGACGAUUGUGAACGUAACAAAAGGCCCAUCAGGACUUUUAGGAAGGCAAGGACCACCAGGGCAACCAGGAUUUGAAGGCUCAAGGGGCCCAAGGGGUUUGCUAGGUGAUUCAGGGCGUGAUGGACUGCAUGGUCUACCAGGGAUUAAAGGCAUCCCUGGAGCUCCAGGCAGGGGAGGAUUUCCAGGACCUCCAGGGUACCCUGGGAUCAAAGGAUUCCCUGGUCCAAGGGGAUAUGUUGGAUAUGUUGGAGAUCCGGGUGAUCCAGGGCAUAUAGGGAAUCCAGGCAUUCCAGGUUUUCCAGGACUUCCAGGACCCAAGGGUGAGCCCGGAGUGCUCCGUGGACAGCCUGGUCCGCCUGGACCCAAAGGACUGUCAGGGGAGGAUGGACCAAGUGCGCCCCGAGGCAGUCCAGGAGAUCCAGGUGAGCCAGGACCCCCAGGAAGGUCAGGACAGCCUGGACAACGGGGCAUUCCUGGGGAACCAGGAAGACAAGGAGGACCAGGCCGUCCUGGACCUCAUGGCCCAACAGGUCGUCCAGGCGUUCCGGGUGUUCCAGGUGAUCAUGGCGGUCUUGGACCACCAGGCCCACCUGGACCAAAUGGGCCUCAAGGGCUCCCAGGACCACGAGGUCUGGAUGGACUGAAUGGGCUGAGAGGUCCAAAAGGAAUAAAAGGAACAAGUGGCACUGGCAUCCCAGGCCCCCAAGGACCAGACGGCUCUCCUGGAGUCAAAGGACACAUGGGCCACCAAGGGCCUCCAGGUGUCACCUUUCCUGGGCCAAAAGGCCAGAGGGGCCCACCUGGCAACACAGGUACUCCUGGUUUCCCAGGUGAACCAGGUUACCCUGGCAAAGAUUGUCAAGAGCGUACGCCAGGUCCCUAUGGAGAUGUUGGUUACGAGGGGCCUCCAGGACCCCCUGGUUUUCCUGGGAAUCCAGGCCCACCAGGCAGCACUUUAUUCUACAAAGGAGACCCUGGCCGAAUUGGCCUUCCUGGGUUACCAGGUCAUAAGGGAGUAAAGGGCCUCCCAGGACCUCCUGGUUCUCCGGACCAUCCAGGCUCCAGAGGUCCAAAAGGUGAGCGCGGUCCUGCUGGUCCAAGGGGUUAUCCAGGAUCCAAAGGUCAGCAAGGUGCCCCUGGGCCUUGGGGUCGCAAGGGAAUAACUGGCCCAGCUGGAGACGGAGGUGUAAAAGGUGCUCGUGGUGAUUCCAUUAAUGGGCCUCUAGUCCAGGCGCCUCUGGGACCCCCGGGACCACCUGGUUUCCCAGGAUCUGCAGGAUUCAUUGGCGAUGUAGGUCCACCUGGGACUCCAGGGCGAAAAGGUGAGAAGGGCCCUCGAGGGUCAGUGGGCCCCCCCGGCUUGACGGGUCCUCCUGGUCUUAAUGGUCCAGUUGGAGACCCAGGAGAUAUUGGCCAAAGAGGAUUUGUUGGACCUCAAGGUAUCCCAGGUACACCUGGUGAUCCAGGUCAGCCAGGUUCUAGGGAGGUGUUGAGGUCAGGCUACCUCCUCGUUAUCCACAGCCAGUCAGUUAAGGUGCCACUGUGUCCUGAUGGCAGCAGUCAGCUUUGGGUGGGCUACAGUCUGGUCUACUUGGAGGGACAGGAGAAGGCUCACACUCAAGACCUGGGCCAGGCUGGCUCCUGCCUCCCUGUUUUCUCCACCAUGCCUUUCUCGUACUGCAACAAAGCCGCCUGCCACUUCUCCAGUCGUAAUGACAAAUCCUAUUGGCUCUCCACCACCGCUCCUAUACCAAUGAUGCCGCUCUCCGGCCAAGAGAUUAGAUCCCACAUUAGCCGCUGUGCGGUGUGCGAGGCAGUCGCGCCUGCUGUGGCAUUACAUAGCCAGGAUCACGAGGUUCCUGCAUGCCCACUUGGCUGGAGGAGUCUGUGGACAGGGUACUCUUUCCUCUCGCACACAGGGGCAGGUGAUGAGGGCGGUGGCCAGUCUUUGACUUCUACUGGGAGCUGCCUCAAGGAUUUCCGGACUCACCCCAUCAUAGAAUGCCAGGGUGCACGUGGUUCCUGCCACUACUUUGCCAACCUCUACAGCUUUUGGCUGACCACCAUUAGUCCGACAGAACAAUUUAUCACCCCGAGGCCUGGCACCAUCAAGGCAGUCGACGAACAGCGCAGCAGGGCCAGUCAGUGUCACGUCUGCCUCAGAGACCGAUGAAGAACCUCAUGUCACCUGUAGUUGUAACUUUUAACCCUUUCAAGACAUUUUUGAUUGCAGUUUUGAUUACCUCUCAGGGUUAUAGAUAGAUUAUAUCUGGUGGCAAAAAAUGCAGCUUUGUGAUUCAUUCACUUUUAUCUGAGCACCGUUUUAUAUAUAUAAUGUUGUUAUCACUGUAUCUUUUUUUGGUAAUUAUUUUCAAUAAGGUGCUACUGCUAUUAAUGAUGAUAAUUGAUCAAAUGACAUUCCAGAUCCUCUCCACACAUGUGUAAGGGCAUUCCAAAAGAUUGAAUGAUCUGUGUCUGGUGUUUUUUGUAGAAAAAAAUAUAAUUCAUGAUUAUUGCCCUGUAAAAAAACCUAAAGGUGAGAAUUUAAGAUUACAACUUUAAAACAUUAAAGCUGAUGUGAAAUGAUGGCUGAGUUAACUGAACUAACUAGCUAACAGCAGCUACAGUAAGCAGCAUUUAGUGGUUACUCUGGUGAUAUGCUGCCCUAUUUGUACUGAUUCAACAGGAGGCCAAAUCUUACAUAUUGCAGCUUUAAAAUGAAAACGUUUCCUAUCUGUUCAAUAAAAUAUUCCAGAAUCUGCAAAUAAAAUUCAACCG